AUGUCGUUUUCGUCUUCAGAAAUGCAGGCGUUGGUUUCCAAAGGAUUGUUGGCUCAGCCUCUGCCCAAUCUGUACGUUUUGGGAACCAUCCACAUCGGAUCCAAAUCGGCCGACGACGUGAAUCGUGUUCUAAACUCAGUUCAACCCUCGACAGUCAUUGUAGAAUUGCCACCGUCAAGAUUGCCUACCAUACUAAAGUCCAAGAACAUCAUGCAACAAUAUAGUGACGAAAUUGACGGCAGCAAGCAGAAAAUUGCAUCAAAUCCAAGAAAGACAAGUCUGAUCCAAGUUAUUGCUACUCUUCCCUCCAUGGCAGGGGCAGGUUUGUCAAUUGCAGGAUUUCCAGGAAUGAUGGUAAUGAUAAGCCUUCUUUGGCCUAGUUUGGUCAAGCAAACCUGGUCCUUGAAGAAUUCUGAACAAAAAGGCCACGAACUCGAACGUCGCAACGAAUUUGAAGUAGCGGUUGCAGUCGCCAAUAUCCUUGGGGCAAGUGUGGUGGCAGCCGAUUGGGAAUUGGAAGAAUUGGUUCAACGACUUGCUUCAUCCUUGACUGUACUCGAUUGGAUCCAACUAAUGUGGGGCGGUCUAGUCUUGGAACCCUUGGGUAUCCAACCAAUUGAUCCUCUGCAACGAAAAUCUGACGAAUCGUCAGUGGAAUGGGAAGAACGACGACGCGACAUUUGGACAGCCCGAGCAUCCUUGGAACAUGCACAAACCUAUACUCCAGCAGUGGAUCAAGUUUUGGUGCAUGGACGGAAUCAAUACUUUGCAGAACUGUGCUUGAAAGAAAUAUACUCGCAGGAAGAAACCAUGGAAGGAGAAGGAAAUGUUGGCAGCAGUCAGCUGAAGCCCAUUGUAUGCAUCGUGGGUUUGGCGCAUGUCGACGGGGUUUGUGAAAUUUGCCGAAAGCAAGCAGACAUAUAUGAAGUGGUUUAG